GCAGGAACAGGGGCAGCACCCAGGAGCUUGCCUCGGGGUGCCCCCCACCCCACUGUGAGGUGCGAUCACAGCAGGAGCGGCUGAGCGAGUGCAAGGGCAUCUGCAAGACACCUGCAGGCACCAGCGUCUCACCCAGCUGCGGGACCGGGUGCAGGAGGGAGCUGGGCAUUGCGAAGCCUUUGGCACCUAAGCCCUGGGUUUGGCAGCAGCGGGAGGAAGCAGCUGUGGGGCUGGGAAGUGUUCCAGUGUGCGCGGGUCGUUCGACAUGAGUGUGGCUGUUCUUUUCCUCCUGGGGCUGGGGCUGUUGGAGGCAGAAUGCAGGUGCUUCUUCAACCGCACUCAGGAGCACUGUGUGUGCUACAGCCUGUCCCAGGAAAGCGCUGACAGCAUCAUCCAGUGCCUCCCAGCCUCUGUUGUGGAGUUUCGUGGGGGAGACCUGGAGAGAUACGUAGCCUUCACCAUCAGUGACCCAGACCCUUCUACCAUUAACAUGCUGGGCUCCCUGCUAUUCAGGAAGAUCAUCUUUGGUGAUCUCCUGGUGCCCGAGAUACUCCUCGCCCAAGCGCUGAGGUUCUUCUCCUACACCCACGUCCAGGAGCUGGUGUUUGACAGCUGUGUUUUUGAGGGCAGAGGCAAUUGGGACAGAAUGGCCGGCCAGGACUUGCCCAUUUUGUCCCUGCGCUUCCACAACGUGAGCUCUGCUGCACUGAUGGGCCGCGAGCAGGACUUCUCCAGCCUGAGCAGCUUCCUUGGGGCCCUGCAGGAGCUGUCCCUCACCACCUCCCGCCUCACCAGCCUGCCCUGUGCCAUCGGGAGGCUCUUCACAACCCUGCGCUCCCUGGACAUGGCACAGAACAGCCUUGGGGAUGAGAGCCUGAUGUCUGCUUUCUGCAGUGGGGCUUUUCCUCAUCUCCUGGUGCUGAGUCUGCAGCGCAACAACCUGACAUCCUACCACAGAGUGUGUGAGGGCGUGCAGCUGCUGCGGGAGCUCCAGCAUCUCGACCUCAGCCAGAACAAGCUCACAGCAGACCCGUCCUCCUCCUGCCAGUGGCCGCCGUCCCUCCGCAGCUUUAACUUGUCUGACGCUGGCUUGGAAGAGGUCCUCACACCUCUGCCCCCCAGCCUGGAAGUGCUGGACAUGAGCUGCAACCACCUCCACACUGUAGACAUCUCCCUCGGCUCCUUGAAGAAGCUCUUCCUGAGCCAAAACAUGCUGGAGGCUGCGCCCUCCAUCAGGAAUUACCCCUUGUUGGACACCCUGCACCUGGACAACAACUCCAUCACGGAGCUGCCGUGGGAUGAGAUGAAGAACCUGCAGGACGUGGCCGCAGCCGACAACCCCUACAUGUGCUCAUGCUCCGAGGCGGGGGGGCUGCAGGCACUGGCGGCCAUGGGGCAGCUGGGGCAGGGCUGGCCCCAGCACUACAUGUGCCACGCUCCGCCUCGCUACCGGGGCAGGCUGGUGGAGGAUGUGCCGGUCUCGGUGCUGCAGUGUAACAGUGCUGCUGUGGUCGUCCCCAUCUGCAUCGUCCUGGUCCUGAUCGCCGUGGCUGGAGCUGUCUCCUUGGUCAGAUCCAGACCUGAGCUCAUCCGAUCCUGCCCCAGAGUGUGAAGGGGACCUGUGACUAUCCCCAUGGAGGCUGCAAGGCCAGGAGCUCUGUGGGAAGACUCACAGGUCCCCCAGGUGCUGGUAAAGGGCUCUGUGUCCCCGGUUGUCGUGGUUUAAGCCCAGCCAGCAACUAAACACCACACAGCCACUCACCCCCUGCCUGUGGGAUGGGAAAGAGAACUGGAAAAUGGGUAUAAAACCUGUGGGUUGAGGUGAGAAGAGUCUGAUAAUUGAAAUAAAAAUAGAAUAAUAAUA